AUAACAGUCCUGGAUGAGACAUGGACAGUAUUCAGGCGGUACAGUCGUUUUCGAGAAAUGCAUAAAACGUUAAAACUGAAGUACCCAGAGCUUGCCACUUUAGAAUUCCCUCCGAAGAAGCUCUUUGGAAACAAGGAUGAACGAGUGAUUGCAGAACGACGGAGUCACUUAGAGAAGUACCUCAGGAGCUUUUUCUCCGCAAUGCUGAAAUCUCCGUCGUCUCCGCUGCACAUUGAUAAAGUGGGGCUGACUCUGUCAAAGUACACCAUCUGCGAAUUCUCACCCUUCUUCAGGAAAGGCGUUUUUGACUACAGUAGCCAUGGGACCAGCUAA